UGGCGGCGGCUUGGCGGCGGCCGUCCGCGCCUGUGUCUCUCGGUGGUCCCUCGGUGGGCCCCGUCUCUCUGUCUCUCUGUGUGUCUCUGUCUCUGUGUGUCUGUGUCUCUGUCGCGCGGUGGCCGUUGCGGGCGGCAACAUGGCGGACCUGGAGGCGGUGCUGGCCGACGUGAGCUACCUGAUGGCCAUGGAGAAGAGCAAGGCCACCCCCGCCGCCCGCGCCAGCAAGAAGAUCCUCCUGCCCGACACCAGCAUUCGGAGUGUAAUGCAGAAAUACCUUGGAGAAAGGAGUGAACUGACUUUUGACAAGAUAUUCCAUCAAAAAAUUGGUUUCUUGCUUUUUAAAGAUUUUUGUAUGAAUGAAAUUGAUGAAGCAGUCCCUCAGUUGAAGUUUUAUGAAGAGAUAAAAGAAUAUGAGAAGUUGGAUUCCGAAGAAGAUCGUCUUGGUAGAAGUCGGCAGAUUUAUGACACGUACAUAAUGAAGGAGUUACUCUCUUGUUCCCAUCCAUUCUCCAAACAAGCCGUAGAUCACGUACAGACUCAUCUAGCCAAGAAACAGGUGCCAUCCAAUCUUUUCCAGCCAUACAUUGAAGAAAUUUGCAAUAGUCUCCAGGACAAAAUAUUCCAAAAAUUUAUGGAGAGUGACAAGUUUACUAGAUUUUGUCAGUGGAAAAAUGUAGAACUAAAUAUUCACUUGACCAUGAAUGACUUCAGCGUACACAGAAUUAUCGGACGAGGAGGGUUUGGCGAAGUCUAUGGUUGCAGAAAGGCAGACACUGGGAAAAUGUAUGCGAUGAAAUGUUUAGAUAAGAAGAGGAUCAAGAUGAAACAAGGAGAAACUUUAGCCUUAAAUGAAAGGAUAAUGCUGUCCCUUGUCAGCACAGGAGAUUGCCCCUUUAUAGUAUGUAUGACCUAUGCCUUCCACACGCCUGAUAAACUCUGCUUCAUCCUGGAUCUCAUGAAUGGGGGAGACUUGCACUAUCACCUCUCCCAGCAUGGGGUAUUUUCAGAGAAGGAGAUGAGAUUUUAUGCCACUGAAAUCAUCCUGGGUCUAGAACACAUGCAUAAUCGUUUCGUCGUGUACCGAGAUCUGAAGCCGGCCAAUAUCCUUUUGGAUGAGCAUGGACACGUGAGGAUAUCAGAUCUUGGUCUGGCCUGUGAUUUUUCCAAAAAGAAACCACAUGCUAGUGUUGGAACCCACGGCUACAUGGCCCCAGAAGUGCUCCAGAAAGGGACGGCGUACGACAGCAGCGCCGACUGGUUCUCCUUGGGCUGCAUGCUCUUCAAGCUCCUGCGGGGUCACAGUCCCUUCAGGCAACACAAAACCAAAGAUAAACACGAGAUUGAUCGGAUGACCCUGACAGCGAAUGUGGAACUGCCAGAUACAUUUUCCGCCGAAUUGAAGUCUCUCCUCGAGAAUCUCCUUCAGCGAGAUGUUAGCAAGCGGCUUGGAUGCCAGGGAAGCAGCGCACAGGAAGUGAAAGAACAUUCUUUUUUCAAAGGGAUUGACUGGCAGCAGGUCUACUUACAGAAGUAUCCUCCACCGUUGAUCCCACCCCGGGGGGAGGUGAAUGCUGCAGAUGCCUUCGAUAUUGGCUCGUUCGAUGAGGAAGACACCAAAGGCAUUAAGCUCCUUGAUAGCGAUCAAGAGCUCUACAAGAACUUCCCUUUAGUAAUAUCAGAACGCUGGCAGCAAGAAGUAGCAGAAACGGUCUACGAAGCGGUCAACGCAGACACCGAUAAAAUGGAAGCCAGGAAGAGGGCCAAAAAUAAGCAGCUGGGUCACGAAGAAGAUUAUGCACUGGGAAAAGACUGUAUUAUGCACGGCUACAUGCUCAAACUGGGAAAUCCGUUUCUGACUCAGUGGCAGAGGCGAUACUUCUAUCUCUUUCCCAACCGACUUGAAUGGAGAGGAGAAGGAGAAUCCAGGCAAAAUCUACUGACGAUGGAACAAAUAGUGCUGGUGGAGGAAACCCAGAUUAAAGACAAAAAAUGCAUCUUGUUGCGGAUAAAAGGAGGAAAACAAUUUGUCUUGCAAUGUGAGAGCGACCCGGAGUUCGUUCAGUGGAAAAAAGAGUUGACGGAAACGUUCAACGAGGCUCAGAGACUGUUCCGGAGGGCCCCCAAAUUCCUCCACAAAUCGUGCCCGGCUGCGGUUGAACUCUCCAAGCCACCGCUCAGCCACCGCAACAGCAACGGCCUUUAAUGGAGGCAGAGGAGCCCGGGUCCUCCCGCGAAACCACCGUUGGCGGUCCCCAU